CACCUCCCGGACCUCCUACCAGUAUCUCCUCCUCUUCUACUCUUCAGCCGACUCCUUCCCUCUUCAUCGGCCAAUUGCUUCCUUGCUUCUUGUUGUCAUUGUUGUUUAAUUCAGCUUCACUUUCUUUGAUUCUUAUCUUCUUGAAUCUCCUUAUUCUUCAAAAUGGCCUCUCCCCGUGCUGCUUCCCCCAUGACCUCCGGUGCUGAGUCCGGUCCCGACUCCAAGUCUGCUGGCGCUGGCACCGGCGCCUCUGCUGUCUCCUCCGUCAACCGCCCUUCCUCUCCUACUCCUCCUGGUGGUCCCCGGGCUGCUAUGCGUCGCCGCGCGGCCGCUGACCAUAAGGAGUCCCUCCGCAAUGCCAGACCCAGCUCGACUCGCGCCGCCGGUGCUGGUGGCUCCUCCGGCACGAUGCUCAAGCUCUACACUGACGAGAGCCCCGGUCUAAGGGUUGACCCCGUUGUUGUCCUGGUUCUCAGUCUGGGCUUCAUUUUCUCCGUCGUUGGUCUCCACGUCAUUGCCAAGAUCACCCGCAAGUUCUCCUCAUAAGCCGCUGAAAUGCGACUUGUACUCUC